UUUAGUAUCUUCUACUGAUUUUGCUGCUUCGACGCUCAGUUUGUUUUGACUCUCUGCGCGGUUAACUUCGUCUCUUUCUCGGUUGCAUGGCGACUCGCUUCCAGUACGAAACUCUAUAAAUCGCAACUCCGGAUCCGUUUACAAUCCUCAACAAUUUGAAAAAAAUUAAGAAAUAUAUUUUCUGAGUGUAGUGUGUGGUUUUUUUCUAAAAGAAUAUUAUAUGAAAAGUGUUGAAUAAGUUGGUUUUUGAAUUCCAAGAGUGAUAUGCUAUCAAGCAUUUAAAUAAUAUAAGUUCGACUCUUUUGCAAUCUACUACAGCUGAAUGGAAUAACAUAAUCUAUUUACACGCUACGUGACAAUAUAUAAACAUGUUAAUUUUAAAAUAUGACAAUAUGCAGCACCAGCUGUGGCUUCUAAUACUACUACUCUUAACCCUACAAGGCCCAAGGAAUACUGGGGCCCUAAUGAACAACUAUCAAGCGCAGUCGAACUAUGAAUUAUUGGAAAAUGAUUCGCGUUAUAUAUCAUAUCAAGAUUUAAUGUCAUCAGCCAAACGAUUCUACGAACCCGAAACGAGUUGGUAUUCCGAGGUGUUAUAUGAUGUGUCCAGAAACCAAGUUAUUGUCGGUGCUAGAGACACCUUGUACCGCAUGUCGUUCGACUUGGUGCCGCUGGAGCGGGCCAGCUGGGAGGCGACGCCAGAGAAGAUAUUCAUGUGCCAGCAGAAAGGCCAGUCGGAGCGAUGGUGUCGCAACUAUGUGCGCGUGCUCCACAGCUACGGUGAGAACCAACUAUACGCGUGUGGGACGAACGCCUUCCAGCCAAGCUGCUCAUGGCGCCAGAUGGAAAACCUGACAGUCACCGAGUUUGACGAUGGCGUUGUCAAGUGCCCCUUUCAUCCACAGGCAAAUAGCACCAGCCUCUUGCAAUCCAAUGGCAACAUGUUCGUCGGCACCGCCACCGACUUCUCCGGCAGCGAUGUGGCCAUCAUACGUGCUCCCGUCCAAUCCAAUGGGGUGGAGCGAAAACGUUUCCUGCGCACCAAGCAAUACAACAACAAUUGGCUAAAUGGAGCUCAAUUUGUGGGCAGCUUUGAAGCUGGCAACUUUGUCUACUUCCUACUACGCGAAUCCGCCGCAGAGCACAUGAGUUGUGGCAAGGCAAUCUAUUCCCGGAUAGCGCGAGUCUGCAAGAACGAUGCUGGCGGGGAUCAGGUGUUGAGGGAUAACUGGACAUCGUUCUUAAAGGCACGUCUGAAUUGCUCCUUACCAGGGGAUUAUCCGUAUUACUUUGAUGAGAUCCAGGGCAUGACAUAUGCAGAAUCGGAGCAUGUGCUCUAUGCCACUUUUAGCACAUCGGGAUCGAGUAUCUAUGGAUCUGCUGUGUGUGCCUACAAUCUGAGUGCAAUCAAUGACGCCUUUGAGGGCGCCUUCAAGCACCAGGAGCACUCGGAUGCAGCCUGGAAGACAGUGAAUACUCCACAGCGGAGUCAGUUCCAAUGUGCCAGCGGUGCCACAGCCUUUAACCAUCUGCUGGAGAGUUCGCGUUAUCAGUUGAUGGAUCAGGCCAUUCAACCGAUUGGAGCACAACCGCUUUAUCACUCCCGCCUGGAGAGAUUCAAACACAUUGCUCUGGAUGUGGUGCGGACAAAGACGGAGCUGCUGCACGUGCUCUUCGUUUCCAGCAGCGGCAAUCACAUCAAGAAGCUGUCGGUGAAGUAUGGACAGACGGAUGAGGAGAUCCAGACAUGUCUGGUGGAGCUGUGGCAAGCGGAUGACACGGGCAGCACCGCCCUCCUGCACAUGUCCUAUCUGAAGGUCACGGAAUCGUUGUACCUGGGCACGGAUCUGGCCUUAACCCGCAUUCCCGCCCAACGCUGCAAUCGCCAUGUGUCGCAGUCGAGUUGCUUUAAUGCCAUGGAUCCGUAUUGUGGCUGGAAUGAGCUCGUGGAGCGUUGUACUCCACUCGAUCCCACGGUGCAACAGCCCUGGCUGCAGCCCACUGUAUUUAGCUGUCCGGUGUUAAAUGCACCCAUCGAUGGCGGCUGGUCCGCCUGGUCGGAAUGGAACGAUUGCCAGCAACAUGAGCAAUCUGAUAGCAAUUGCUUGUGCCGCCAGAGGAACUGCAAUAAUCCGCAGCCACAGCAUGGUGGCGCCACAUGCGAGGGCAUCAGCACCCAGGUGACGAACUGCACCCAACACGGUGGCUGGACGGAUUGGUCCCCGUGGUCGCCGUGCUCCCAAACCUGCGGCAUUGCGGUGAAGACCAAACGACGCAGCUGCGGCAAUCCACGGCCGGCGCACGGUGGACGCAUGUGUGUGGGCUCCGAGCAUGCCGAGAUGUACUGCAGCAAUCUGCCGCCGUGUCCGGUGGCCAAGCCGCAAGCUGUGGACGGCGGAUGGGGUCCCUGGGGCGAGUGGAGCGAGUGCAGCGCCCAAUGUGGUGGCGGCUUUCGUAUGCGACGCCGUGAAUGUGAUGAUCCCAGGCCACUCAACGGGGGAUUGGAUUGUCCGGGCUGCCGGCUGGAUUACGAGGAUUGCAAUAUGCAAAGCUGCGCCGAGGUGCGCAAGUAUAGCUCCUGGACACCUUGGCUAACAGCAACGGCAACGGCUGGCAAUGCCAGCGAGCCGCAUGUGGAGAAGAGAUUCCGUUUCACGUGCCGCGCCACCAGCGCCGACGCCAGCUCUGUGAAGAUCAGUCUGCUCAAGGAGGACACUCGCAACUGUCGUCCGGAUGGCAGCUGUCAGCGAUUGAAUGACCACGAGCAAGCGGAAUCUGAGUCCGAUUGGUCGCCCUGCAGUGUCAGCUGUGGAGGAGGAGUCCAGCAUCGACGUGGACGCAAUUCGAUAAAUCGCGCUUGUAAUCUUCAAGCGUGUCCCGUGGAUGUGGAUCAGCAGCCGGACAAUAACAUUGACAAUCAGCUGGAGCACGAGUGGAGCUGCUGGUCGGAGUGGUCCAGUUGCUCGGUGACCUGUGGCCUGGGCGUGAAACGGCGCACACGCAAGUGUCUGGGCGGGCACGAAAGACUCUGUGCAGGACGUGCCCUGGAGGAGCAAAAGUGCGAGAUGGUGCCCUGUGAAGACUUUCUCGGCUGGAGCGAGUGGAGUGAAUGGUCAGGCUGCUCCAAUGAUGGCAUACGUGUGCGUCAUCGUCGCUGCAACGUGGAGCAGCCCACAUCCCAAGAGUGUCGCGGCGCCGAGUUCGAGAAGACCGCCUGUGUGCCCGGCGAAUGUGAUGAAAUUCAAAGCGCAUCGGGCGGAACUGUGACUAUUGUUAUCUUGGUCAUGCUCUUGUUCACGGCAGCCUGUUGUCUGGUCACGUAUCAUUUUACGAGGCGUCGCUUCCUGCUCAACGUGGAGGAGGCGCUCAAUAAGACGACAACAACGACGGCCAGCUUCGACACGUAUCCCAAUCAGUAUUCCAGCUUGCCCACCAAGGAUUAUUACGAGCAACGCCCAAAACGUCAGAGCAGUUUCCGCAUGCCCGCCAAGACGAGCAACAUUGGCGGUGGCACGCUCAAUCGCAACAACAUGCACCACAACAACACACCAAAGGUUCUGGCCAAGACCUACAACGAUUGUGAGACUGGCACUUUGAAGCGUCAGUCGGCGCUCAACAAUUGCCGUCCCAGUAUCGACGAUGAAAAGUUUUAGCCCGCAAGUCUGCAUGGAUCUUCCCAAUUAGUGCCAUUGUUGCCUGAUAAAUGAAAGUGUUAUACGAGUAAUGACAACGAAUACAUUUUGCACAGUGCUUGCAAAAAGUUCCUUCUCUGACUCAUAUUGAGUCGUUCUAUAAGUUAUCGUAUAGAUCUAUGCUCUAUGUUUCCGUUAAGUUAGUUUUAUCGAGCAAUACGUAAUUUUUGUUGAAAAACAUAAUCCUUUUUCCAAAAUUCAAAUAUAAAUUGUUGUUUUUUUAGGUCUUGUAAUUUUUGUGUUGUGUUCUAAACUGUAUUCGCUAAUUAAUUUAAGUCGUCUACUUAUUAUAAUCUGCUUUUAGAAUCAUACAAAAAGCGAGACUGAAUGUAAAAUUUCUUUAGAGUUUUUCGCCCAACCCAAAUUAAUGCCAUGCAAAAAAUAUACCGAGAAACAUAUAAUUUAUCAUCUUGUAAAGUUCUAUGUUUUAAGCUAGUAACUAAGAAUAUAGCUGUGCUAAGAAAACUUUUUAUAAAAUAUUUAAAAAUACUACGUCAAUUUUACUAACCAAUGCUA